AUGGUGCAACGAACCAGCGCGACCGUUUGGCCUGCCACCAACGGCCACGCAGCAGCAAGAGACGCCGACGAGACGACCCGCCUGCUGCCGCCCAAUGGCAAAGGCGACGAUGACGACAAGCCGGUAUGGGACGGUCUGACCGAGUUUGAACACUUGCCGCGCUGGCGCAGGCCUUCCAUCUUUUGGCUGAUGGGGCCCUAUGCCAUCUUCACCCUGGCGUUUGGUGGCAUCAUUGUCCCCAAGGUCACCCUCAUCCUCGACCUCGUCUGCAACAAGCACUUUGCCGACAAGGCCGCCAUCGACCCCAGCUUCCACCCGUCCCCCAUCAUGGGCGCCGACAACCCCCAGUGCAACGACCCCGACGUUCAGAAAAAGGUUGCCGCCUUUAUGCUCGUCAUCAACCUCUUCACCGGCACGCUCAGCGCCGUCUCCGCGCCUAAGCUCGGCAAGCUCUCGGACCGCUUUGGCCGCCGGCGCCUGCUCGCCGUCGCCUCGGUCGGCGGCAUCCUCGCCGAGGCCGUCACCAUUCUCGCCGCCAAGUUUCCCCGCGCCGUCGACUACCGCUGGCUCAUCCUCGGCGCCUUCUUCGACGGCCUCACCGGUUCCUUCACCAGCGGCUCCAUCCUCGGCCAGGCCUACGUCACCGACUGCACGCCGCCCUCGCAGCGCGCCGUCCGCAUGGGCUACCUCCACGCCUGUCUCUUCACCGGCAUCGCCCUUGGCCCUUUACUUGCCGGCUACUUUAUCCGCAUCACUGGCAGCAUCCUCACCCUCUUCUACGUCGCGCUCAUAUGUCACGCCACCUUUGCCGUAUUUGUCGGCCUCGUCGUGCCCGAGUCGCUGUCCAAGCGCCGCCAGCAGAUUGCGCGCGACGCCCACGCCAAGGAGAAGGAGGCGCGCGCGCGCGGCGCCCAGCCGUGGCUCGCGACGCUCCGCAACAACCAUCCCUUUGAGCCGCUCGCCAUCCUCUGGCCUACCGGUCCCGGCACAUCGACGAGGCUGCGCAUCAACAUGGUGGCGCUGGCCGUGACCGACGCCGUCAUUAUGGGCUCCAUGAUCUCCAUUGGCGCCGUCCUCAUCCUCUACACAAAGUAUAUGUUUUAUUGGGAUACUUUUGAAGUCUCCAUGUUUGUCUCCGGUCUCUCCUCGAUCCGCGUCAUUGCAUUGCUCGGCCUUUUCCCGCUAAUGAACUACUGUUUUCGGGUGCGGCCCCGACGCCGCCGCGAGCGCGAGACCGGCCAGCCCUACGUCGAAAAGACGGGCGGCGCCGACAAUGUUGACAUUUGGACUCUACGCGUGGCCCUGCUGUCCGACACCCUCGGCGCCCUUGGAUACUCGCUGGCUCGCAGCCAGCCACUCUUCGUCGUCAGCGGCAUGGUGACGGCGAUGGGCGGCCUCGGCAGCGCCACCAUACUGUCCGCCAUCACCAAGCACAUCCCGCCGUCGUCGGUGGGACAGGUCCUCGGCGCCGUGGGCAUGCUCAAUGCGCUCGCCCGUGUCGUUGGCCCUGUUCUCUUCAAUGGCAUCUAUGCCAUGACGGUCAAGACCUUCCCGCAGGCCGUCUUUGUCAUGCUGCUUAGCCUAUUCGGCGUCGGAUUACUGGCCACUUUUGUUGUCCGGCCACAUGUCGUCUGGGAGCAUGAGAACGAGGCACCCGAAGCUCCUGCUGAUGAGACGCCCGAAGCUGCGGCUUUGGCACAAGAGACUGAACCGUUGAUCGGCUAG